AUGCCAACAACUUGCGGAUUCCCAAACUGCAAAUUCCGUUCCCGCUAUCGUGGUCUCGAGGACAAUCGUCAUUUUUACCGCAUUCCCAAAAGACCGCUUGUUUUGCGACAGAGGUGGUUGACAGCGAUUGGACGGACCGAAGAGACCGUAGUCUCGCAGGUAAUAUACAAAAUACAAAAAGCUCGGCUUCUGUAGCCCACUAUUCGGUUGGCCGGAAAAGUGAAAACUUGGCGUGCAUGGCUCGACGAUUUCUAAUUUGAGAUCUAACCAAACAAAAGAAACAUUUCCUGGUAUCGACAGAUCUGUCGACACUGAGAACCCGAACAAAAACGUCAUGAAUUACUCGCGUCAUGUCGUGGGCAAAAAAGAAAAGAACAAUUUUUCACUCACAAAAGCAAGUGAUUCAAUUUCCGAUCUUCAGCUCCGAAUCUGCUCGGCCCACUUUGAAGGCGGCGAGAAGAAAGAAGGAGACAUUCCAGUGCCAGAUCCGACGGUUUGAUCUGUUGAAACCAGUGCGGUUGAAAAGCUCUGUUGUUUUUAGGUGGAUAAGCAGAUCAAAAUAGAGUUGCCGCCGAAAGAGAGCAAAAAUAGUGAUCGGCGGAGGAAGCAGAACAUCCCAGCGAGAUUCCCACGUCCCGACUCGCCUUCAGGUCAGUUUUCUUGUAGAUGUGUUUCUUGCCAGCUGGAUUUCAGUAUUUUGCAUCUAGAAUCUAAAACUUAGUUUUCAAAUGUAGUUGCAUAACUUUUUUUCAUGAGCUUUUAUGUUACUUUUAAGGAAAUCAAUUAGCAGUUUUUUUUAGGCGACAGUCCGUCCUACUCAAAGAAAAGUCGCAGUUUUCGUGACUUCUACCCGCCAUUAUCAUCCACUCCAUCAUUCGGUUAGUUCCGUUUUUUAGAUUCAGUGUGGUUCAGAAGUGAAAAAAGCGAGAAGACGAGUCCGUGGGCGACAGCGUUGGUCAACAAGUUAGAUACCCAUAUCUUCAGUGUCUUAUAGGAAAGGCAACAGCAGGCGGGGGUUGCUUCUUCAAUGAACCACUCACGUCGCUACUCCAUUUUAUUGGAGCAUAAAAUGCGAAAAAAGCUCCUUAUUCACAGCCUCUCGCUCCCUUUUGUCUUAUUGUCGAAUGCUCUCAAUUGUCGUGUCAGAUGUCCAAACGUGUCCGUGUUGUGUAUGAGUGUGUGAAACAUUAGUUUGCCAAUUUCAACUGAAUCGGAUAUCUCGCGCAUCGAUCUUCGCAACCUUCGCUUCUUGACUUGACGCUUCCUCCUUUCUGCCAUCAUCCAAUCACUUUCUGAGGGGGGGGGGGUUCAAACUGCUUUCGCUAAUCAUUUGUGACCCCCCUCAAAGACCGUCAUCACUAAUUCGGCUAGUAGCUUCUCUGGAUUCUAACGUGCGUAAGAGACUUCAAAUCGGUUUGCAGAAGGAUUACAUGUCAAAUAUACAUACACAAAUGUCGUGGGUCUGACUGACUGUGAGAGUAACCAAUCAUCGGUGGAGUAGAGUACAAAGCGGAUGCGAAUUCAGACGCGCACACACAUGCAUUGCGUGAUACUCCUGGGUGCCGGACUCUCACUAAUUCCAUUAUUCAUCAUUUGGGAAUAGAAAUAGGGGAUAGGAAUAUGAGUAUGGGUACAACAGCUGCUCGAAUGAUUCUUCCUUCCCUGCGCGGCAUUAUCCUUCUUUGAUCUUGGAGUCAAGCCUAGGUGCACACAGAAAUUCGCCGGCAGGCUUAGUCUUUAUCCCGAAUUUAAUGUGUUCAUUUCGUAAUUCGAGAAUGUCCUCUCAAAUCUGCAUAUAUCCCGAAGAACCCAUAAUUUCAUUCCAUAUUUAUCUAUUUUCAAUUGAUCAUACUUCUAUUUGUCAAUGACUCCUUCCAGCGCCGCCCCAGUUAUUGAGUAGGGACCAUGGCGCUUCGUCCAUUUUUGUCUCUUUCUCCUCCUUCUUUUUUCCCUCCCACCAAAUGAUGUGGUGCGGAUUGUAAUACUCUCAAAAGCUCAUGAAGAAUCCGGGGACCACAUAUAUCCGCAACAAACAACUUCUUCGAAUUCUCUUUUCGGGGGCUAAAAGGAAAAAAGAGAAGAAAAAGAAGAAGAAGGAGGGGUAGGCGCGGCCGCGCCGGUCGGUCGGUCGGUUGGUGCACAACGCUUCUCAAUUCACUGCAUUCCCCUCAGUCUCCUGCUUUUCGCAACGUUAAUAUCGUCUGUGUUUUUAUGCAGUCUCAAUGCCAACCAACCCCACAGGUGUUCCUCUCCAUUUCUUCCUCUUAGAUUUUCUCAGGUUCUUUUGGUAUGCGGUGCCUCGAUUUGGGGGCCUCUUCAACUAUUCUGGUUGGCUGGCGAGCACAUCGAGUGCGACUAAUUAGGAGCACAGAGGGCCCCCGUCUCCUCCUCCGUCUAUUACAUAAGUUGACUGGCUUAGAGCCUCCGACAAGUGUCCGCUCCAGUCACCCACAAUUGCCCGGCUUGCGCAUUGAGGUUCAACUUAUCACACAUGCGGGACCCGCCGACUCCUCUCCAUAUGGACAUCAUGUCUCUCUUCUUGUGCUCCCUCCCGUCGUCUUUUCUUUCGACUCAACCUUCCGCAACAUCAUUUCAAUUCCUAAUACAUUCUGUCGUAUGUGCUCGUCUUCACCGCAUUCUCCAAAACCUAUUCCUCUUCUUUUUGUCACAUUUUCACAUUUUCUUUUUGCUUCGUCUGUUAUUUCAACAAUACGUGUUGAAUUUCAAUAGGCGUUUUGAGUAUAUAUUAUUCUGCGCCCGUCUCAAUGACACCCCCGUCCCCCCUCCGUCCUUUGACUGAAUGCGAAUAUGAAGCCAGAUAGUGUCAUCAUUUCUAGCAACUUUCUCUUUCCUCUUUUUUGCCUUUUUCUUAGUUUUUGGACAAGAGUUCAGAGAUCCCAAUACAAUCAGAAUUCUCGAGGGACAGUCAGUUAAUCCCAUAAUCCAACUUUUGUCAAACUUCAAAUCUCAAAAAGUUAACGUUGAAACUUAUAAACGAUUGACCGGGAUGAGAAGUGUUCGGAAAAAACUAUGAAAACUAAUGACGCGUCACAUCGGGCACCUGCGAAAAGAGUGGAUGCAGACGUAUUUUCCGUUCCGCUUGUCCAACAUCUGCACUCGGUCAUCAUUCCAUUUCACUGGCUGUUCACCGCCCGUCCUAAGACGCAUUCCGAGAGCUUAUUUUUUAACAACAUUAUUCUCAGUACUCGCUACUCCUAAUUCUGAAGAAAAAAUGAAGGAGCCUUUCUGUUUUUGUCAAUUUUUCAUUUCGGCCGGAUAUGUUCUGUUCUGUUUUUUCAGGCGGUUAGCACGAGGAAGGACAUGCAAGAAUCUGCUUUCUUGUCCAAUUAUCUCAUAGACAUUAUAAUUUCUCUAUUUCUUUCCGAUCAUCUUCUUUCUGUUUGUCUUCCUUCACCGACUUUCUCGUUCCUUUUUGCACUUUGUAAGAUUUUCACGAAAGUGUUUUAGACUGAACUGCAUUUUCUCCCCCCGGUAAUCAUAACUCGUGAUGGGUGGUGAAAGCAAUGGUACUAAACCGACGGGCUCGCAAAAGCGGAAAAGAAGUAAGUUAUUGCAUCCGUCGUCUUUGAAACGGAAGAGAUGGCUCCGUUCUCUUGGCUUCCGCCCCCUCCCCCCACGAAGACUCAAUUACUCAUCCAUCUCUCGGCCCGUUCGCUCCAAUGCCACCUCUCUGCCCCCUUUAUGCUUGCGGUCGGCACCCCCCAACUCUUCUUAUCGCUGGCCACUUUCUAGCCAUCAAGAUAAAAACAAAGUUGAAGUGGUGGCCCGAGCCGAAUGAAAAAAGGGAGAAGAAAGAGAAAAAGAAGGGAGAAGUAGUGGCGGACCCCCGUUGUUGUUGUAGACGUCGUCCGGCGGCUUGGCGCUUCUUCACCAUUUUCCCAUUGCAGUUGCUCACAUAUCUAAUUCAUGUCAAAUACUGGUUAGCUGCACGACACACAUGCGCACACAUAUAUUCUCUCACACAUAUAGAGACAGAAAGAGCGACACGCGGUGAGGAGAAGCUUCCUGAUGAAAACCAAAUCGGGUCGCAACUUUUGGAAGGGAAAUACCUGGAAGAGUUGACAGCUGGAUUGAGGGAAAUGAUUGUUGUAACUACAGAGAACGGAACACACUUGUUCUCAGAAGCAACCAUCUGUUGUGCGUCUGUGAUAAAUAACCUUUUUCAUUGCAAUUCAUGAGCUAACUUUCUCAAAGCCAAACCCGUCAAUCGCGUGCUAUGGCCCGUGACACGAAUGGCAAUAAAAUUAAAAGAUGGGGACACGAUGUAGAUGAAAAAAAGAUGGAGGGAGCAAAUCGCAGUACUAAGUCACCAUAAGGCUCUAUAAUGAGGCAAAAACAUGGUUCAUUAUUCUCUUCGGACAAGAUGUCCGUCGUGUCUUCUUGAGCCAAGUCAAAUUGCAGAAAGAUUACACCGAGCCGCCCAGACUAAAGCCCUUUUUUUUCUCACAUCUCUUUGUUCAGAUCCAGCUCAAAGCCCGCAAACGCCUCAUCAGCCAGCUCUUCCGGAUCCUCAGCAAGCGCUCAGCGAUAUUUUAAGCAGUAAGUUAAUACGCUUGAUUUAUUCAUGAUUUUCAUUUAAAAUACAUUCUGAGAAUAUGUUGAGAUUCUCAGUACUACUCUAUUUUUAGUGACCAACACAAGAAUGAAUGGACCUUCAAGUUCGCGACCACUAGUUGCUCUUCUGGAUGGUCGGGACUGUGCUGUUGAAAUGCCGAUACUGAAAGACGUGGCAACUGUAGCAUUCUGCGAUGCGCAAUCGACCCAGGAGAUUCAUGAGAAGGUGAGCCGCCAAGUGUGUAAACAGAAGCAGCAGUCGCCCCUAGUCGUCGUUUCCAUCAUAUCCUUUCCCAUGGAAUUCAAUUUCGUUGCUCUUCAAUGUCAAUCAAGAGAGAAGCUUGAAAACAAUAGGAAACUAGGGGUCAGCUCCGUCACGACUCCAUUUCUCAUUGUCAAUAAUUGCCUUUUACAAAGAUGCCGAAUGCCAAAAUGCCAGUACGAAUAAUAUUUACCGCCACCGAAACAUCUGCAAUCGGGGUGUCAGGGAAAUGCUUUAUUUCCUGAAAAGGGGAAAGGGGAAGUGGAAGGGCAAUGAAAACAAAAAACAAAACAAAGCUUGCUCUCUUAUCCCUUAGAAAAUAAAGACAACGAGUAUUUUCAGGUUCUGAACGAAGCUGUCGCGGCACUCAUGUAUCAUUCCAUCAAAUUGGAGAGAGAGGACCUGGAAAAGUUCAAAGUGCUCAAAGUUGUUUUCCGUAUCGGGUACGGAAUCGACAAUAUUGAUGUGAAAGCAGCCACAGAGCUUGGUAAUAAACCGGAGAGUGUAUUUGAUGAGAAUGCAAUUAUUUCAGGAAUUGCUGUGUGCCAUGCACCUGGUGACUACGUCGAAGAUGUUGCCGACUUCACACUUUCACUCAUCUUGAACUUGUACCGUAGAACGUACUGGCAUGCCAAGUCUUUCAGCGAAACCAGAAAGGUACAUUCAUUUCAAUCUAUUCCAAGCGCAACCUCUCAUUUUCAGACGAUUGGUGCUGAUCAAGUGCGUGAGAACUCUGUCGGAAGCAAGAAAAUGCGUGGGAGUGUGCUUGGGAUUUUGGGCUGUGGAAGAGUGGGAACCGCCGUGGGCCUGAGAGCCAAAGCAUUUGGGCUACAUGUUAUUUUCUAUGAUCCAUUCGUAAAAGAGGGACUUGACAAAGCAUUGGGUUUUGAAAGGUGUGAUGGAUACAAUAGUAUGCAGUAGUAACUAUAAAUAAUUCAGAGUUUGGACAAUGGACGAGUUUAUGAGUCGCUCGGAUUGCAUCUCACUUCACUGUCAUCUGGGGGAUGACACCAGGGCCAUCAUAAACACCGACUCGUUAAGACAAUGCAAGUCGGGAGUCUACAUUGUCAACACCUCGCGAUCGGGCCUGAUCAAUGAGGUUGACUUGGCGGCCGCAUUGAAAAGCGGCCAUGUCAAGGGAGCCGCGUUGGAUGUACACGACAGUGUUCGCUACGAUCCCAACGGUUUGAGUACGUCCGCAAACGGCCAAUCAGAGCAAUGUAGUCAAAGUUUUCAGAUCCGUUGCUCGGAUGCCCGAAUAUUAUAAAUACGCCACAUGCGGCAUGGAUGAAUGAAACUGCAUGCAAGGAACUUAGAGUUCAGGCAGCAAAAGAGGUGUAAACAGACAUAAUCAAGAACGUUUCUAACUAGAAAAAUUCAGAUUCGGAAAGCUAUCAAUGGGCGGUGUCCACAAGACUUGACUCACUGUAUCAAUAAAGAAGCAGUUAUGCGUAAUAACAAUCCAAUAAACCGACGAACAAGUGCAGCUCAUCCACUUCUCAAUAUGGGUAAGCAAAAACUAUCCACAUAACUAAAAAAACUUCGCUUUUUUUCAGGUUUCCCUCUGCCAAACUUCCCGCCCAUGUCAAUGAGUCCCCAUUUCCCGUAUCCAAACCCAUUGCUAGCCAUGGGAGCUCAGAUGGGAGCCCUCAACCCGUUCAUCGGCAACGGAUCCCUUCCCUUCAACCCAGCAGCCGCAUUGUCCACUCUUGCUGCUGCACAAGCCGCUCACGCACAACGGGGAUCGCCAGCCAACCAGUCGAGUCGGUCGAGUCCCAGUCCGAGAACGAACAAGUCUUCGAUGAGUCCUGGAAACAACGGAGUCGUCAAGACGGAGCCAUCAUCGCCGGCCGCCAAAAUCGAGGUAGAUAUCGAGGAGACCGAGAAGCAGUCAAUGAUGACGUUCCUUCAGCGCCUCAUCGGACCUAACGGGGACAGUUCAUCAACCACGGACAGUGGAAUUGAGGGAGGAGACAAAGAGAAGACUGUGUCGGAUGGUGAUGAGAACAUGGAAGAUAUGGAGGUGAUAGAUGCGGAGAAGCUGAAGGAAGAACUGAACAUUGGACAACUCGAAAAGCCGGAGGAGAUCAGCGUUGGACUGAACGGAAAUAGAAUCAAUAUUGACGAUCAACCGUUGGCAAUUUGA